UUUUUUUACUGCAGUCCUUAUAAUAUCCAUUCAACAUGCAGGUUGAAGUCAACGAAAACGAGGACACUGAGUGGAACGAUAUCCUCCGCCAGCAUGGCAUUAUCCCCGAGAAGCCUGUGGACCCCGAGCCUCUGAUCCAAGAAGCUCUGGUCGAAGCAGAGCACAGAGCGUAUGCAAACCGACUUGAGGACAAGGACAUUGACGAGUUGGACGCACUGGAAGAGGAGGAGGACGAGGAAUUCCUCAACUCAUAUCGCCAAAAGCGAUUCGCUGAGCUCUCCACUAUCCAACAGACCAGUAUCUUCAACCAGGUCUACCCACUUCAAAAGGUCGAUUAUGCCCGUGAGGUGACAGAAGCAUCGAACAGUGCCUAUGUACUCGUCAACCUCACAUCCAUGGGCGGCAACGUCGAAUCACGCGUGUUGACGGAGCUCUGGCGGCAGCUGGCUGCCAAGUUUGGUGACAUCAAGUUCUGUGAGAUUCGCGCCGAUAUGUGCAUUGAGGGAUACCCGGAGAAGAACACACCCACAAUUUUGGUGUACAAAGAUACCGAGAUCAGGAAGCAGCUUAUCACGCUGCAGCAGUUGAAUGGACCCCGUACCAAGCUUGAAGAUAUUGAGCGUUUGCUGGUUGAAAUUGGUGCUCUGAAAGAAAAUGAUGUCCGCCUUAAGAAGCGCGACGAGGACGAGGACGAAAAAGCCGAUGACCUGAACAUUGAAGACUAUGACGACGACUGGGAUUGAUUCAUCAAUUGAAAACCAAUGCAGAUAUUAUGACUAUGGCAUGUGUAUAUUAUGACAACAUCCAACCCCAAAUGAAACCUGUUCCUGUUGACAGGCGAUUGUGAUUGAAAGGCUAUUGAGAGACGCGAAGCACAUGUCAGCUUUGAUCUGAAUUUGGUUCCCAAUAUUGGCCUUUCCUGCAGUCAGG